GGCUCCGGCUGGGCGCUUCAUUCGCCGCCGGUGGCGCGUUUGGCGGGCUGCGCGCGUCCCGACAGCGACCCGAGCCUGGGCGGCGUGGCGCUUGGUGCCGGAGCCUCCGCCCGCAGCGCCCCGUUGGGAGACGCGGCCGGAAGGAGCCUCGAGCGGGCUGUCGGACGCGGCCGAAGCAGCCAGGGCGGCAUGGCAGGCGGCGGCGGCGGCGGCUCCUCGGCGACUCCACGCGGCCAGCCCAGCGCGCUGGCCGAGCCCCGCAGGCGAACGCUGCCCGUCGGAGAGUGACGGCCCCGGGCCGGGCCAGGACGCGCGUCCCGCUUGCAUGGCUGGCGUGCGCUCCGCGCGGAGGGACUUUGGCACCGCGGCGCCCGUGGCCUCGCCGAAGAAACUUUUCUCCCUGGCGAUCCCGUCGGGGGACCUGUGAAGCGGAGCCCGCGCCUCCGCCUGCCCGGCGCGGAGUUGGCGAGCAUGAGCCGGGAGAGAGCCGCCCCCGCGCCGCCUUGCUAUGGAGUUUCGCCUCUUGGGUUGCUCGCGUCCCUCCGGGUUUUACCCCCCUUAAGGCGCCCGGCCGGCCGGGGAACAGAAGCGCCCAGGUGCGCCUUUAGCCGGCGCUGAAGGACUUUGGGGUGACUGGCUUGGCGGGGCUCGGAGCGGACUGCGAGGGGGCGCCUCGUAUCAUGUGCGCCUUGGGCGACGCUGCUGCUGCUGCUACGGGGACCCCCCGGCUCUCCUUCCCGGGACUCGGUCCGAAGAGCUAAACCCAGCGCGCUCCCCCCCACCCGGGAGGCAGCGCCGCCUUCCCCAUGGCCGGCCUCCGCGACGCGUGGCUGAGCCUCUUGCUGCUGCUGCUGCUGCUGCUUCAGGCUCCCGCUCCGUCGGCGGCCGCCUCCAAGGCCAUCGUGUGCCAGGAGAUCACGGUGCCCAUGUGCAAGGGCAUCGGCUACAACCUGACCUACAUGCCCAACCAGUUCAACCACGACACGCAGGACGAGGCCGGGCUGGAGGUGCACCAGUUCUGGCCCCUGGUGGAGAUCCAGUGCUCUCCGGACCUCAAGUUCUUCCUGUGCAGCAUGUACACGCCCAUCUGCCUGCUGGACUACGCCAAGCCGCUGCCUCCGUGCCGCUCGGUCUGCGAGAGAGCCAAGGCGGGCUGCUCUCCCCUGAUGCGGCAGUACGGCUUCGCCUGGCCCGAGAGGAUGAACUGCGACAAGCUGCCUGUCUUGGGGGACGCCGAGAUGCUGUGCAUGGAUUACAACCGCACGGAGGCCGCCACCACCUUGCCCCCCUUCCUCACCAAGCCCACCCGCCCCUCCAAAGGUGCCCACAGGAACCUGACCCCGCUAAACGGGGCCGGCUGCAAGCGGGUGUGCGAGUGCCGGGAGCCCCUGGUCUUCAUCUCCGAAGAGUCCCACCCGCUCUACAACAAGAUUGAGACAGGCCACGUCCGCAACUGCGCCGUCCCUUGCUUCCAGCCCUACUUCACCCAGGACGAGAAGACCUUUGCCACCUUUUGGAUAGGCCUGUGGUCUGUCCUCUGCUUUAUCUCCACCUUCACCACAGUGGCCACCUUCCUGAUCGACAUGGAGAGAUUCAAGUACCCGGAGCGCCCCAUCAUCUUCUUGUCCGCCUGUUAUCUCUUCGUCUCCAUCGGCUACAUCAUCCGGCUGGUGGUGGGCCACGCCAGCGUGGCUUGCAAUAAAGAUUACAACCACAUACACUACGAGACCACGGGCCCUGCGCUCUGCACGGUGGUCUUCCUCCUGAUCUACUUCUUUGGCAUGGCCAGCUCCAUCUGGUGGGUCAUCUUGUCCCUCACCUGGUUCUUGGCUGCCGGGAUGAAAUGGGGCAACGAAGCCAUCGCUAGCUACUCCCAGUAUUUCCACAUGGCUGCGUGGCUCGUCCCCAGCGUCAAGUCCAUCGCAGUGCUGGCCCUGAGCUCGGUGGAUGGCGACCCGGUCGCCGGCAUCUGCUAUGUGGGCAACCAGAACCUAGACAAGCUGCGGGGUUUCGUCCUGGCUCCCUUGGUGGUGUACCUGUUCACAGGGACCAUGUUUCUUCUGGCCGGUUUUGUGUCCCUCUUCAGGAUCCGGAGUGUGAUUAAGCAAGGGGGCACCAAAACAGACAAGCUGGAGAAGCUGAUGAUCCGGAUUGGCAUCUUCACGGUGCUCUACACGGUCCCGGCCACCAUAGUGGUGGCCUGCUACAUUUAUGAGCAGCACUACCGGGAAAGGUGGGAGACGGCGCAAAACUGCUCUUGCCCUGGGGAGAAGCCCAAGGUCAAGCCAGACUAUGCUGUCUUUAUGCUGAAGUACUUCAUGUGCCUGGUGGUGGGCAUCACCUCAGGGGUCUGGAUUUGGUCGGGGAAGACCCUCGAGUCUUGGAGGCGCUUCACAAGCAGGUGCUGCCGGAGCGGGAAGCCUGGGAGCACAGGCAUGUACAGUGAAGCGAGCGCAGCUCUGACGGCCAGAAGUGGCCUCCCCAACGCUGCUCCUUACCACAAACAAGUCCCACUGUCCCACGUCUGAAAAAAAGGGAGGGGGAGCAAAAAAAACCCCAAAGCACCUUACUUGGUCGUAGUUGGGAGCAGGUAAGCACAGUGUGACUUGAGCUCCCAACUGCAAAAAGGUUUUGAAAUAACUCCUGGAGCUUUGUUUUUAACCUGUCAUUUGGUCUGUCUGUUGUGAAACGCUUUGCUCCAUCUCCUGAUGGAGACACAAAAGAGGGGCUUGUUUGGGGGAAUGGACACAUUGCUUUGCCCAUAUUGCAAGAUUGCAGGGUUUACUAAGAGCACGCUACAGCCUUGGGAAUGCAUUUUGUCCUUCCUGGGGAAGUGUGGAAGGAGCAAGCUAAGAUCUAACUCUUUACGUGGGGUAUGUGUGAAUUAGUUUCCAGGUAUAAUGAAAAAAGCAGUCUUGGAGGAUGCAGUUCUGAAGGGCAGGGGCUGCUUUAGCCUUUCUCUUCCUGCUGUUUUUCCGCUCAGUAUGAGUCCCGCCUCCCCCCCAUCCCAAUCAAUUUCCUCGCACCAUUGGGAAAGCAGCUGAGGAGGAGCAAAUGGCAGGAAAAGGAACAUCCACUGUUCUUUGGCUUCUGCAAAGAUAUUCAGGAUAGUGAAAUCCUAUACAUGUUUACUUGGAAGCAAGUCCCAUUGAGGUCGGGGUGUGUGUGCUUAAGAGCAUAAGAGCAGCACUGUUGAAUCAGCCAAAGGCACCUGCAGUCCAGCACCAGCUCUCACAGUGGUCAAGGAGACGCCCAGCAAGCAGAACCCGAGUGCAGCCAGAAGAGCCCCAGCCCCGUGCGAUUCCCAGCAACUAGUUUUCAGAGACAUCCUUUGAGGGCAGCUUACUCUCGGUCCAAGUGUCUCCUGUAUUCUGUGUCUCCCACACAAUCUAGUUUGGUCCUUAGGACACUUACUAUUUAACUGGUGAAAUGAUAACUUUAGAGUCCUUUCCACUAGGUUGGGGUGGGCAGCUGCAGUCAGGCAAAUGUUAAGUUUUCUGGUAGCAGAACUUUCUCUCGCUAUGCUGUCUGUUUCAACAAAACGUGCUACUGAAGUUUUCAGAUAUAAAGGAGUAUCAAUUUGGAGGGAGGCUCAAAAUGGGUGAGUUGUGGAGCUGAGAUUGAGCAGAGUCUGGUUUCAGGUUUAUUUUUGGAUGGCGUAAGUCCACCAUCAUCAGUUUUUACGCAUGCCUUUGCCAGGCGGUCUCAUAAAGCCAUUGGUGUAUUAGUUUCUCUUCAGCAUUCAAAAUGAAAGUAGGAAGAGCUGCAUGAAUUCAGAUGCAGACCAGAAGUCCUUGUUAAGCGCUGUACAUGAUUUCACAACAUUUUGCAAAUGAGGACUGUGAUUUUCUUAGUGUGUUUUCACUCUAAGUGCUUGGGGGCUGCAAACCUGUGCAUGUUUACUCAGAACUAAGUCCCAUUGAACUCAGUGGGGCUUACUCCCAGGAAAGUAGAUAGAGGGUUUCAGCCCCAUAGUCAUUUUCAAAGAUGUCAGUCUCUCUGUCUCUCCUAUUCCAGUUCCACCUGCCCUGGUGGGGUGAUAGAUAACAGCAACAAGUUUUCUUAAGAUUCAUUUCACCGCAAAUUCUCUUUUGACUCGGGGGACUGAAAAAUCAGUUGACACAAGGUAUGAAGAAUUACUCAAGAGGUAAAGCUAUAAAGAACCACAAAGAAUCGAUUUAUGGCUUGGCACACUAGCAGUCUGAUCCUCUGCAAGUUUGUUCAGCAGUAUGUCUUCUUGAGUGUAAGGGGACUUACCUGAAAAGGUACUGGGCGUGUUUUGGUUCCCUACUCUCUCUCUCUCUCUCUCUCCCCCCCCCCCCAUCUACUGAAACAGUGGUUCUUGGAUAACAGGUUUUUAACAUAUGGCUGCCCUGAGUGAGGCUGGGUAUGUAUUUGUAAGGUAUUGUUAAUGCUAAUCCCCCUCUGCCCCCCUUUAGAAAGUAGAGCUGUGCCCCUAGCGCAAUCCCCAUAAGAUUGAAUGUGUUGUGUGUGUCCCCCCCAACAACAACAGCUGCAACUGUAGGGAACGACAAUCAACACCCCUCCCUCUUUGCAGAAGGGGCCACCUCCAUUUCUAGCCUUUGAAGCAGUGGCAAAAGUCACCUUCUAAGGAAAGCUGUUCAGCUUAAAUGCUGAUACUUCUGUAUUAACCCGAAACAAUAUUAGAUAUGGCAGUAGAUCCCUAGCGCUCUAUGUGUGUGUUUGUUUCUGUCGAGGGAGCCAGACCUCUUUCAGUGAAAAGUGUUAGCACUUCAGUUCUAUAUGGAAAAAACUUCAUUCUGUUAAUAAGUUUUUUUUUUUUUGUGGGGGGCAGGAUAUUGCAUUUGGAUCUGCUUUACAAAGAGGUUGGUGAGUUUCUCCUGAACUCUGAUUUACUCGACUGCUCAGUUUGUGAACGGGCAACGAAUCCAAACCUCUUUGGCCUCCAUACAAGGGUGGCAUUCAUACCACACAUUUAAAGCGGAUGGCUUUCCCCAGCAACCCUGGGAACUGUAGCUUACACCCCAGAGAGCCACCAUUUUCAGCACCCUUAGCAAACUACAGUUCUCCGGAUUCAUUGGAGGCAGCCGUGUGCUUUUAAAGUGUGGUGUGGAUAUGACCACCUAGGUUUGUGGGGAGGCCAAUCCACCGCCCACCCAUUUAGCUAGGGCUUUGGCACUGAUCCUGCCCAUGCUAAAACCCUAACCCAGAAAAAAAGCCUUUUUCUAAGUGCUGGUUUCCAUGUGCACAACUAUCACUGGAUAACUGCAGGAUUAUGUGUGACCUGGGCCUGUGAAGGAUAUCCAUUACUGCUUAAAGUGGUAAAGUUUUCCACAUCACUUCCCAAACCAUUCCCCCCCGCCCAAUGGUUUUGGCUUUCCAAUUUCAGUGGGGAAGUUAAGUAUGUGCUUAACUCACUCUCUGUUCAAAAGCAACAGGACGUCAGGCUACAAUCCUAUAUAUAUAUAUGCGCACACUUACCGUGGAGUAACUGUUUGAACUCACUGAGCUUUUAUGUCUUGAGUAGACGUAACAUGGUUUAAAGAAUUUAAGCGGGGCUGGCCCACACCUCUCAAAAUAAAACAGCAUCUUUUCUGUCCAGUUGCCAAUGCAUUUAUUUUACUAAGGUAUCCACUGGCCGCCAUGAGGUCACUUUGAACAAAAGCAACUCUUUCCAGGAUCACUUGUUCCAGUCUGUGUUUCUUCACGCGCACCUGCCCAGCAGUGGCUGCAAUUGGAACAUUUCCCCAGUGCCUUCCCUUAGGAAGGUUUCUUCUCAUCUCAUUUACUGGAUGGGGAAAAGUGUGAACAGGAUCAGACUCUUACAUUAGCCCAGCGGCACAGGAAACAGCUAUGCUGGUGGAGCUCCCUCCCUUCUGCUGCUCCAGAGAAGCGGACACGGAGCAAUGGAUCCAAACUACAAGAAAGAAGAUUCCACCUAAACAUUAGGAAGAACUUCCUGACAGUAAGAGCUGUUCGACAGUGGAAUUUGCUGCCAGGGAGUGUGGUGGAGUCUCCUUCUUUGGAGGUCUUUAAGCAGAGGCUUGACAACCAUAUGUCAGGAGUGCUCUGAUGGUGUUUCCUGCUUGGCAGGGGCUUGGACUCGAUGGCCCUUGUGGUCUCUUCCAACUCUGAUUCUCCCCGCCUGCUGCCAAGAUAAUGUUGGGAGGAGGGUUGCAAGACGAUGCCAGAGCUUCCUUCUCUCUUGGAUGCUCAGCUCCCACAUCUGCUGCUACUGCUGGGCGUUAGCCGGAGGGAGUGUGCAACCUGGGAAAGGACACAUCCAGUUCCUGGACCGGAUGGCUGUGCGGUGUCAAAUGUUAAGCAUACACAUGGAUGCAGCAGGCGGAGGCAAGAGAGGAGGGGCUGGUGGAAACUUGGCCAGAGAGGCUUUGGCCUGGACAGGAACUAGCAACGCUCCCCUUUUCCUCUGGAGCCCAUGGAAGGCAGAGGAAAAGUGCAGGGGCAGAACUGUUUGAAGGAAUUUGGCUGUACUUCUACAGGCAGUUUUUAAGUAUUGGACAGAGUAGCUCCAGCUUGCAGACAUCAUCCAUUGAGUUAAAGAGUUGCUCUUGUUUUUAAAAAUUAACACUACCCAAAAUAUUACAGGGUUCACUUAACUCGGCUUCUCUUGUCAGAGAACUGACAAGGAUCUGGCAUCUUAAAAUAGCCAGGAAGCAGGUUGACAUAGACCCUAACUUCCUCUGGAGGUGGGGGGAAGAGGAGGGGCUUUUUUUCCUUGACAAGUUUAGUAACUCUCUUUAAAAUGGUUUGCAUCCUAUCCUUCCUUGAAGUCCAUAACUUGGAGCAAAUAGCAUUUUACCUUCAAAGCAACCCUGUGAGGUCGGUUGAGUGACUUCGCCACAGCCUCCUAGUGAGCCUCAUUGUGGUGGAUGCAGUGAGAAGAGAGCAGCGAUCAGGAUCUAACCACUGCCCCUCUGGCUGUUUCUGCGGCAUAUGCACCUUCCUUCCUUCCGGUUGUGGUGUCUGUCAGUCUUAUUUAGCACAGAGUUGGCUGGGUGUCAUGGAGUUAAGUGAAGGCGGUGGUUGAAUGACCUACCUUGAAGGCGGUGGUUGAAUGACCUCCUUCCAGAAUCUAUGGACCUGCCACUCCUAGUGUACUGCAGGAGGAAAAGGCUAGAGGGGUGCUUGGCCUGAACUUCUGAUUCUGAAUUGGAAGCUGCCAACUGGCCACAAUGGUGAUGCAGAGGGCUCACUCUACUGCUAUACCUCUGUGCUUGGCAUUGGUCAUUUUGGAUGGCAGCCUCACUCAAUUUAAUGCCAAUGUCCAUCCUUGGUUUGCUUUUCUAGGCUGCAUUCUUCCUUUCCAAAGGACUUUGGUGGAAAAUGCUCCAGCACAGUAUCACUCCUUCAAAACAACCAUGUUCAUAUUCAUUAUUACUGAGCAAUUUUUCUUCCGGUUUCCUUUAUGAGGAAAUUAUUAAAGUUGUGCUGCAGUGAGGUUUGUCGUCCCCCCCCCCUUGCCCAGCUGCUUUAUGGAGCUUAAAUGCUGUAACAGUGCAGACCACUUGAAAUGACUUGUUCACCUUGACAGCAUUAAACAUUUAGCUCACAAUCUAAUGUGGCAUUAGGGCACACUUAAAUCCAUUGAAAUUAAUGGCCUUAAGUGGAAACUGUGUUGGAGUUACUUUCCUCAAUUUGUAGAACAAUAAAUAUUUUGGUUAACCGGAGUUGCCUCCCCCACAAAGGAGAAGUAUAUCGUGUAAUAUUUCUUGCUAAUGGCACAAUGGAAAAGAUGUUCUUUGAAAUAUUAGCUUAAACUGCCCUUAGCUCCUCUACCUUCAUCAGAGACACCAAGCCAACUGAGCAAUGCAUAUGAGCAAAUUUAUUGCUCGUUUUGUCUCCUCUGCCCCAAACUGGUUUCACUACCUAGCCAAGCUAUGACUGAAGUAGAAAAUACUGAAUUUCAUUUACAUUUGUCAUAUGCUAACAAGAUUCAUGAUUUCUCCCUCCCACUAUAAUCUGUGCAGUAAGCAGGUUUCAAUUGCCAAUACUUAUUUUAGCAUUGUCCCCAGGAUUUGGUCCUCACUGCAGCUUCCUCUAUACCAAACUCAGUGCAAAAAUGAAAAGGGCAUUCUUCCAGACUUUGCUGUGCAUGUUUCCAUUCAUUACCUGCAGUUUCCUGGACCACUGUACUGAUUCACUAAGUAGAUCGGCAGUGGCUACGUAAACUGUCUUGCAGGGAGAAAGAGACCAGCUGUAUAUUUUUUACUUUCCUCACCAAACCAUGCAAACAUACAAGAUAUUUCUCUGUAGCAGAUGCACAUCAUUUCUGUAUGUAUGGGUGACUGCUUUGAAAAUCCUGAUCUCGCCUAAUGUGUCUACUAUUCUUAUUUCCACCCAAUUCUGUACCUAGUGGAAAGGCGAUACAGUACAGGGAAAAUAAAUCUGCUCGUUGCAACUUUGCUAGAAGGUACAGGCACCUUCUGGUUAAAGUUUGAAAUAGCUCACCUUGCACAAUUUGCGAAACACCCAGCCAAAACAUGGCCUUGACAAUCAGCCUGUUUGUCAUUGCAGGCAGGCAGCUAAAGUAGGUUUAUCAAAAGUCCUGGUAGGCUGCAAUCAAUAGCUGGGGAAAGGAGCUGGAUGGAACAUGGGCUGUUGAGAGGCCCAAUUUUAACUUAGGUGGUUUCUAAAGUCACCCAACCUUACUGGUUUAAUACGACGUUUGUAGUCUAAUGCAAUAACUUGAUGAAUCAAAAAGUUGUGCUUGCAGUAGUUUAGGAACAUGACUGCUUAUGGUAAGGAAACUAAAACGGUUGCCAGAUGAUAAAAGGAAGAGAGUGAAAAGUAAGAAGGAGGACAUAAUAUAUUGCAUAACAUUGCCUUUUGAAAUGCAGAAAACAUCAGUGUACAAGUUGUCAUUCGUUUUGACACUUACAGGGUUCUUUUUCAUUGAGACAUUGUGUACACCGGCAUGUUCCAAGACAGAAUUGCACCGUGUAGUUAUAGUAUGUAAAUAUUUGUAUUAAAAGAAUUAAGUUUGUAUAUAUUCUGAAUCUCUAGUGAACUUUUGAUACGGGUUGGAAGCAGGUUGUAAAUUCUCACUGACAAAGAGGCAGCUUUGGAUACAGAUAAACAGGAUGGAAGUCCGGGGCAUUAAAUGGCUGUACUUGAUACUGGAUUCAUGCUUGGGUCAGGCUGCUUUUUUUCAGUUGUGCCUUGUGGAGGGAUGAAGCUUUUACAUACUACUUGCAAUAUGAUUAUGAAAAUACCAUGCCAAAUGAUGUUAAAAAAAAAAUGAAAGGAAAAGACAUCGUUGAUUCUGUAAAAAGCUUUAAGAGGAAAUAAACCAACUUCAAACUGCCACCUUAAUAAAUGCCUAAACAUGAUUAUUGCAAGCAUGGUUAGGGAAUAAUUCU